CUUUUCAAGGCAACUAAGGCAACUAAUCAUCUAAUUAUGUUGUUGCCUUGAGCAUGAGUUUAUCUAAUUAUGUAAUUAUGCGACAAAUACGUCAUGACGAAUAGCCCAAAGGUCAGUAGAGAUCCAGAACAAUACAUCCACGAAGAAUGGCGGCCGCAAGCAAAGUCAAGGUGUUGUGGUCGGUGUUCAUGUGUCUGAUAUUCUUGGUUCUGUACAUGAACUUGGCUGGACCGAUGUGGCCGGACCAGCUGGACAUGGCGAUAUCAGCACCCUUUAAGAAGCAACGCCACAAUUCAAGUGACGCAGUGCUUGGACGAAGUAGCCGACAUGUCGAAGUUCUGACAGCGGUUGAGAAGUUGUCACCGGCCGAGCCUAGACACGUCACGAUACACUAUAAUGGGACCAGCUCUUCAUACAGGGAGCAACACGACAUCUGUACGAGGCCUGUUACCAACCUAGUGUUUAUCAAGGUCCACAAGACAGCUUCAGCCAGUACUGCCGUGGUGUUGCUGAGGUUCGCCUACAAACAUCACAUGACCAUGUGUUAUUCACCGAGGGGAAACAAAAGAUUCACUCUCACUUUUCCCAGCACGGAGAUAUACAAGUCCAACUGCAGUCGUUGGCAGGUGCUCGGAGAUCACUUCAACUUCUUAGUACAUCACACCGUCUUCAAUAAGACAGCGAUGGACCGGAUCAUGAAACCCGGCACCAAGUACAUCGGAAUCAUGCGCGAACCGCAGAGCCAUUUCCGUUCACAAUUCUUCUACCGUCGCCAUCAUCUCCGAUACAGGUUAAGGCAUCAUCCCAAUCCACUAGGUGCCUUUCUGGACAACCCCGAGCAUCAGGAGCGGAAGUGGUCAAAGAAUCGAACGUGGAGUGGGGAGAGGAACAACCAAGCUUUCAUAAUGGGGUUCCCUCCACAUCUCCUAAACACACAGGAUACUGGGCUUAUGGAUGAUGUAAUUAAGCAGCUUGGCCAAUCGUACACCUUCGUCAUCAUCAACGAAUACUAUGAAGAGUCCCUCGUCAUGUUGAGGCGGAAGUUGUGUUGGGAUAUGUCCGACAUACUGCACUCCACCAAGAAGAUCCACGAGCAACACAACCCAAAGAAGUACAUUCCGCUCACCGAUAAACAGUUGGAGAAUCACAAAAGGAUCAACGCUGUAGACUACAGAAUGUACGACUUCUUCAACAGGACUUUCUGGGAGAGCGUAGAGGAGGAAGCGGGAAGAGGAUUUUGGGAGGAAGUGACGUACUUUAGAUACUUAGUUGAGAGAGUAAACAAAUAUUGCUUAGCAUCCCAGGAUAGCGAACCUCUCAACGUUCCUAUAAGUAAAUGGAAUAAUGCCUUCUCAGUCAAUGAGAUGUUUUGUAAAGGUUUGAAUCGGAAACCAAAGGAUUGGGCCAAAAAAUUAUUUUAUCAGAUGACACGCCGUGACAAGAUUUGGAAGAAACCAUCUCUAAAUGUUGCUUCAAAGUGAGUUAGCUGAUUAAAAUGUGUCUAGCAACAUUUACACCAUGACUUUGGCUGCAAUGUAUAUUGAAAAUGAUGAACAAAAUCAUUAAAAACGUAUUGUUAUCGAGAAACUACUCAUAGCAACACGUUGCUAUAACCCAAUAGUUGUAAAAUGUGCAAUAUUUUGUAGUUUUCAGUGUGCUUUAAUCUGCUUGGAAAUGACAGCAACUCUCUAAAGACUGGAACUCGCGUAUUUCGUCCGACUUGGUGUUAUCAUAGUUCCAUACAGAACUGUUAGGUUCAUAGUAGACUGUUGUUCAGCUUUCAUGUCAACGUAGGCCCAUACAGGACUGUUAUCCAGUGCUAAUGUUAUCCUAAUAGCCUACAGAACUGUUAUCCUGUUUAAUGCUAUCAUAGGCCCAUAAUGGACUGCUGUCCUCUGUUAAUGAUACCAUAAUGCCGUGCUGGACUGUUAUAUUGCUUGCUAUAUGUAUUUUAUGAAAUUGCCACCAUGUUGCAAUUCAAUGGUUGUAUCAUUGUGUCAUUGACUAAAGAAUGACAAAACGCUUCACUUCUACGUUAGAUAUGUGUUAAAAAACGUUUCUUGCUAAAUUCUGCUAAAGAGGGGAAUGUGUCGGUGCGAAGUAAAGCACAAAAG